CUGCAUUUAGUGUAUUAAUGUGCAGCACUCAAGUUGGAUUGAAAAAGAAAGAAACUUCCUGCUUUUCCUUCUCUUUUUUUGAGGGGCGGAAUUCAUUUUGAGACUCCCCCCUCGUGUUGAUGCUUUUCCCUCCUGGAUCGGGAUACGUGGCUGUUUGGGAAACCUGCGCGCGGCGGGACCGUCAGCCCACAGCCGCAGCAGCAGCAGCAGCAGCAGCUGGGAGUCUGGAGCAGCUCAGCGGCGCUUCGUUCCUGUCUUCACCAAGCCAGCCUGGAUGGCAGGGACACACUGGUGCACAAGCAGCCUAAACCACAAGGAUUACUGGUGGCCAGAGAUUUUUGGACCGUGGGACGGAUGAAUGGUGGACGUUGCUACAAGCCCAGCUGGGCUUUGGGUGCUCUGUUUGUCGCUGCUACUCUGCUGAUGCUGACGUCCAGGGGUGCAUCAAGCAGCCGGAAGAUGACACAAACCUCUAUGUCUCAAGUAACGGCCACAGCUGCAGGCACGGGCCCCAGUCUGACCGAUGACCUUCCAGGCUUCCAGGCAGUAGCAGACUUCUUAGCCAGCGAGCGCACACAUGUUUGGAUCCUGUCCCUGGUGGGCUCUGUCGCUGUAGGCCUCAGUGGGGUAUUCCCUCUGCUUGUGAUUCCCAUUGAAGCUGGAGCAGCCCUUAAAACGGAAGCUGGGUGCCAAAGACUGAAGCAGCUCUUGAGCUUUGCUAUUGGCGGUCUCCUUGGUGAUGUGUUCCUUCACCUUCUUCCUGAGGUGUGGGCGCUCUCCAGCUCCUCAGCUGGUAAGCAUAACCACUACAUGUCCCAGGGCUUGUGGGUAAUCAGCGGUCUCCUGGCCUUCCUCCUGCUGGAGAAAAUGUUCCCAGACCAAAGUAGCAGUGAGGAUCACACAUCAGAUUCAGAUCUGAACUCCAACCUGCAUACACAGACGAGUACAACUUUAAACGGAAAAGCAAGAGGCUCCGUCACAAACGGACAUAAAGCAGAAUCCUGGACAGCUUCAAAGCAACAAGACCAACCACAGAAAAUCAAGACGAGCGGAUACCUGAAUUUACUGGCCAACUGCAUCGAUAACUUCACUCACGGUUUGGCAGUAGCCGGCAGUUUUUUGGUGAGCAAAAAGGUUGGAUUCCUCACCACCUUUGCCAUCCUGCUCCAUGAAAUCCCCCAUGAAGUAGGAGACUUUGCUAUUCUGUUGAGGGCAGGGUUUGAUCGCUGGAGUGCUGCACGGAUGCAGAUGUCUACAGCCCUGGUGGGCGUGUUGGGGGCUUGCUUUGCUCUGUGUGCUCAGUCACCUAAAGGGACAGAAAAUGCCUGCAGCUGGAUCCUGCCUUUCACUGCUGGAGGUUUCCUCUACAUAGCCUUGGUAAAUGUAGUGCCUGACCUGCUAAAGGAGUCUAGUUUAAGGCACUCCCUGCUACAAAUCCUUCUCAUUUUCUGCGGCAUAGCAGUCAUGGCUCUGCUCUCCGCUAUCAUUGACUGAACAACUCCUGCACGAACAAACAGUCGGGGCCCGUAUAUAUUUAUUGCUCCUCAUCCAUGGCGUUUUCCAUGUCACAGUGCAACAAAUGUUUCACCCCCUGAGUGGCACUUUAAGGACUUGUCUGAAACCAAAUCUCUUAUAAUGAACAGGAGGUUUGUGUUGAACUCUAAAGUGUGCCAUACCUGCAAAUCACAAGAGACCUUAGCAAGGUUUGAACUUUGUUACCAAAAUGUCUUUCUGACAAUCGUGAUGUUUGCACAUUUAUUUACACAGGUACAAGUAUAUUCUCUGCAGUUUUACUGACCCUUCUCCAGAACCUGCUUCUUACAGUGCAGUCCAAUCUAAAGCUUGGAAAUGUUGGAAUUCUGCAUCCUCCACUUUUAAUGUAGCUGCUGCAUAUUUAUUGAAAUUGAUUAUAUUUUAUUUUCCUUAAUCCUCUUUUAUUUAGAAAUAAGCUCAGUUCAGUAAAGAUUAUUAGUGUUGAUGCCACACCAAAGUACUCCAGUUUUUAUCUGUUUUUGGUCUUGCUCACACAUUAGUUUCCACCUUUUGAACCCAUUUCUGCGCUGAAUAUAUAUUAUUUUUCAUUAAUGAUUGUAAAACAUUCUAACAUCUGUUAUUGUUUCAUUUUCUGUUUUUUCCUUUUUUUGCUAACAACUAUAUGAAGAGAAGGGACAGACAAUUUUAUAAUUAUAGAUUAGACACAAGGAGAUUUUCAUGGUUACUUUUUUUGAAGAAAUAAAACUCUACAUUUUACAAA